UAAGGCAGCCUUACUUAAGCCUUUCAUCUUAUUUGUGUACAGGGAGUGUUAAGAUGGUGUCGGGAAAAAAGAAAGUGUUUCAGAUUUACCUGUUAAGUGUGCAUUGUUUCCACCUGUUUGAAUGCUUGAAGAAGGGAGAAAUCCGCUUGGCUUACAUCACAGCAUCUGAAUAUCGACCUGGAACAGUUAAUAAAAAUUUACCGGGAGUGCGUGUCUCCGGAGCCAUCACGUACGCCGUGGAACAAAUCAACAACAACACGUCCAUACUGCCUAACCACACCCUAAGCUUUGAGAUAGCUGAAACCUUCGGCCAAGAUCUGGAAAGUGUUCGCCUGACCUCACAGCUGGCCGUCUCCGGGCGAAUCGAUGCCUUUAUAGGCCCUGUGUUUAACUGCAGCGACGAGGCGCGCAUUGCUGCCGCCUUUAACAUACCUAUGAUCUCUUACCAUUGCUCUGAGUACAGCGUGAGUAACAAGCGACUGUUCCCGACCUUUGUCCGUACCAAACCUGCUGAUUCUCAGAUCUGCCAGAGCAUCCUUAGUGUCCUCAAAACCUACAACUGGUCAACAGUGACCUUCAUCCACUCUGAUCACAGUGACUUUCUGCACAUCGCCAACGCCAUCUACGAGCUGUUGACAGAAUCCCGGAUUAAUAUAACAUACAGGAAAACCUACAGCGGACCGAUCUUUCUUCCUUAUGACAACCCCUUCGUUAAAAUAGUUGCAGACACAUUCGUCAAAACACGAAUUUAUGUCAUGCUGGGUCAUAACGACGACUUGGUUGGGCUGAUGACACACCUGUAUGACAGGAAACUUCUCCAAACGGGCGAGUACUUCGUGGUGGCGGCUUAUAAGGGUAUCUACCAAGUCCAUGACCCUCUCGUUUACAUCGAAGGAAUCAAUGUGGACUCGUCGAAACCUGAGACCCUGGAAGCAUUUCUGUCUUACAUCGGUGUGAUCUCGACAACCUGUCCGGAAGAGUACACGGAGUUCGCCAGAACGGUCAACAAAUACCUCGAGGCUCCGCCAUUCAACUUUGCCAACGAGAUGGGGCGCCUUAAGAUAAUUCUCCCUGAAGCUGCAUAUCUCUAUGACGCCGUGUGGCUUUACGCGCGUGCUGCAGACGAGCUUAUUCGUGAAGGGGUGGAUGUCAGAGACGGUAGAGCCAUCUUCUCAAAACUGCAAGGCGCAACCUACAAAAGUGCCAUUGGCUACACAAGCAGAAUCAACGCUAAUGGCGACGCGGAAGGAAACUACACAUUGAUUGGUAUUAGAAAAUUUAAUUCCUCUUCGUACUCCAAAGCGCCGGUGCCGCUCGGGGUGUUUCAACUGAGUCACAACUUGUCGGAUUUACCGGAAUUGUCAUUGAAAUAUCCAAUCACGUGGGUGGGCGGUUCCCCACCGCUGGAUGAACCCGUGUGUGGAUUCCUGGGAGAGAAAUGCAUACAGAUCAAAACCUAUGUCCGUGAAAUCGUGGGAGGUUGUAUCGGGAGCAUCCUGGUUAUCAUCAUUAUUGUCAUGACAAUAGCUUACAGAAACUGGAAGUAUGAGCAGGAUCUAGCCAGUCUGUUGUGGAAGAUAGAUGUGAAGGACAUUGUGUUCCAAGACUCACAUGGUUGCCAGACGACGGCUGGACUCACGACCGUGACUAUGAGGGGUAGCCAAAUGUCCCUGGGUUCCCAGGUGGAUAUAGAUCUCAGGCAAACCUUCACUGAAGUGGGGACGUACAAGGGCAGCAUUGUAGCCAUCAAGAAAAUCAACAAGCGUCACGUCGACCUCACAAGAAACGUCAGGAAAGAACUCAAAAAUAUUCGCGAUAUACGUCAUGAUAACGUCAACGCCUUCAUUGGAGCGUGUAUAGAGUCUCCAAACAUCUUCAUCGUCACUGAAUACUGCUCAAAGGGUAGCUUGCAAGAUGUCCUAGAAAACGAGGAGAUUAAACUGGACUCGAUGUUCAUCGCCUCUCUGGUAUUUGACAUUUUAAGGGGUAUGAUAUAUAUCCAUGAGAGUAUCAUUAAGACACAUGGAAAUCUUAAGUCCUCAAACUGCGUGGUUGACAGUCGCUGGGUGGUGAAAAUCACAGACUUUGGUCUGCACGAAUUUUGCUCUGGAGUCGUCCACGACAAGGGAGAAUAUGCCACGGAAAGAAAUAAACUGUGGACAGCCCCUGAGUUACUGCGAGACCCAUCUCCUCUACCUUAUGGUACCCAGAAAGGGGACGUCUACUCCUUUGCCAUCAUAAUGUUUGAAGUUCAGGGUCGAAGGGGUCCCUACGGAGAUCUAGAUCUCUCCCCUAAAGAGAUCAUAGAGCGUGUUGUUAACGUGGACCCCGUCGAUAGCCCGUUCAGGCCCCGGCUUGCCGCCCUAGACACCACCCCAAAGUUCAUCACGGACUGCAUCAAGGAGUGUUGGGCGGAAAACCCCGACUGUAGGCCAGACUUCAAAACCAUUCGCAACAAACUGAAACCCAUGCAGAAAGGAAUGAAACCAAACAUUUUUGACAACAUGAUGACGAUAAUGGAGAAGUACGCGAGCAACCUUGAAGAGCUCGUGGAGGAGAGAACAGAGCUGCUGAUUGAGGAGAAAAGGAAAAUCGAGGACCUUCUACAUCAAAUGUUGCCUAGAUCUGUGGCGGAGCAGUUGAAAAGAGGUAAACAGGUCGAGGCGGAAGCGUUCGACUCAGUGACGAUCUACUUUAGCGAUAUAUGUGGGUUCACAGCCAUGUCGUCGGAGAGUUCACCCAUGCAGGUGGUUAGCCUGUUAAAUGACCUCUACACUUUGUUCGACUCCAUCAUUGAAAACUAUGACGUGUACAAAGUGGAAACAAUCGGGGAUGCCUACAUGGUGGUCAGCGGCCUACCCAAACCCAACGGCAUCAAGCACGCAGGGGAGAUAACUUCCAUGUCCUUACAUUUACUCGAGGCCAUUAAAAAGUUUAAGAUCCGUCAUCGCCCUGAUGACGUCCUUAAGCUCCGGAUCGGAAUCCAUUCCGGGCCCUGUGUCGCAGGCGUCGUCGGCCUGAAGAUGCCCCGAUACUGCCUGUUUGGCGACACCGUUAAUACGUCGUCAAGGAUGGAAUCCAAUGGAUUACCUUUGAAGAUCCACUGUUCAGAGCAAUGUAAAGAUCUGCUGGAUCAAUUGGGCGGAUAUGACGUCACGGAUCGAGGUCUGGUCUCCAUGAAGGGUAAAGGGUCGGUGCGGACAUUUUGGGUGGUAGGGGAGGACCCGGAGAAGCGACGGAAUAGGGAGGCCCAACGAGGAGCGCCCAGAGCCUCCGAAAACGAUUUUCUGUCCCCAUUCGACAUCUUGAGGACCUACCACCGGAAGCGGAGCGGCUCAGUGCCCAGUUUGAGGAGAAGCUUCCGACGAGCCAUCGAGGCGCGGCUCGGGGUCCCCAGUCCCAGCGCAGACGAGGACGCACCUUCCGAGGACGGUGAGAGGGGCACAGAAGCCGAAGAACUGCCGAACUCUGAGCCGGAUUGCUUCAGUUCUCCUGCGAUUGAGGAAGACAAGACUUACCCUUCUGCCUUACUGCAGCUUCCCAGCUCUUGCUCAACUGAGGGACCGCUCCGCCAAGCCUCCGCCAUGAAUGGACCCAAUAAUAACUCUAUUGUGCUCGUACAAAAGGACAAUAAAGAUGGUUGUGUGGAAGACGCGGUGGACACGUCCCCAUUGCUGACCGUUAGGGUAACUAAUAAGAAGACAGUUAACCUCACGCCGAGUUUGUAUGUGGAAUCAGCUGCCAUGUAA